GAAUAUUGAACUGUAAAUGUCAUCGUCAUAAUGCAAUAAAAACGAGAAGAUAACAGUGUUACUAAAUUUACAAAACUAUAUGUAGUCUUGUAACUUAGAUAGUAAACAAAUUUACAAAUUCAAUAUUGCGUAUAGUAAUACGUAUAAUUUGUACUAAUUAAGGAAUUCAAGAAAGAAGUUUUGAUAUGUUUUAAUGAAUAUCGUUUUCAUCCCAUUUAAGAAAUGGCAAAUUCUGUAAACAUAUCAAUUGAAGCCCCUAUAGAAAACCAAAUACAAGAAAUUACUUACGAUGGACAAGAAAUAUAUCAAGCACCCCUGUCUAUGUCAGAGAACUUAGCUCGAUUAGCACAGAAAAUAGAUUUUUCCAAAUCCGAUGAUGAGUUCUGUAACGUCAAAAAAGAAGGAGAAAGUAGUUUGGAUGUAAAAUCAGAAGAAGAUAAGGAACCAGGGUAUCAGUCAAGUCUGUGGCCUUGGGACUCCGUUCGAAACAAAUUGAGGAAUGCCUUGACAGAAGUAUGUGUGCUAGCUGAUGUGUUAAGCAUAGCCAAGGAAAAGAGAUAUAUGGUUCUUGAUCCAAUACAACCAGAUUCUAUAGAAAGCCGUCCCAUGGUUCAAGUUUACGGUCGGAAAAAAGCAUUAUCAGCGGCAGGGGCCGUCUUGCUAAAUGGAGUUGAAAGACUACGAGCAAGUGAGACAAUGAGGAUGACACGUAAUAUGCCAGACUUUCACAUAGACUUGUUACGUCUCAGACAAAAUUGGAGGCUCAAGAAAGUAUCGAAUACGAUUGUCGGUGAUCUCAGUUACAGAACUGCUGGUUCGAAGUUUAGUCAGACUGGAGUUUUUGAGGUAACAAAAGCUCCAGAAGAACAAAUAGCAGCAGCUAUGAGUAUGAACGCAUCUGGACCCACACCGUCUGCACUACGUGUCACUGUACCCCCAGAACUACAGGGAGUGGCUUUCAUAUCCGUGGUUUGUCAGAAAGAACAAGAAGAGGUAGUAACAGCCACACUAAGUUCGUCAGCACUAAACUGUCCGGGUACAUUGCCCGGAGAAGGGGCAGAGUUACAUUGGCAACAAAAACUUGAAGCCGCUCAAAAUGUAUUGUUUUGUAAGGAAUUAUUCGCAAGAAUGGCAGCAGAGGCAGUUCAGUUGGACGCAUCUAUACCACAUAUGGUCGUUGGAAACCAAAUUAUGGCAACUGUUUUACCGGGAAUCCAACUGUUAAUUGGACUUUGUCACAAUAAUGGACAGAAUAAUAAUAAUCCUGAAACAGUUAAGAACGAGCACGACCACGUGCUGGAGCACUCGCUGCACCAGCUGCUGCGCGCCGUGCACCACGCCAACACGCACCACCCCUUCCCGCACCCCGCCACCGGCCCGCUCGGGCCCUCCAAGCGGCGCUCGCUCGCGGGACCAAUGGCAGCUGACCGUUAUGAGUUACUAGACAUGAGCAAAGAGCAGUCGCUUCUGGAACAGAUCAUACAACAAGCUCAACACUUCUUUAUGCGCAGGCGCAGUGAAUAUGUACUAGAUACUAUUGCUAAAGAGGUAAAAGAUCCCCUAAUAGUAUCACAUUGGAACGCGCUAAACAGUCCAACACAGUCGUGUGUGAAAAUCAACAUUAUGGCAUAUGGGUAUGACGCCGUCUGCCGAACAUCUCUAGUGGUCCACGUCGGGGAGAAAACCCUGAAGUGUAUAUGUCGAGAUGGAAAAGUGAGACAUUUGUCUUACGAACUUCAGGAGCUUAGAGAUCUAAUAUAUUGUCAAAUAUACCAGCACCAAAUGACUGCCGUGCAAGCAGUGGGUCGCUGCAUGGGUUGGCAACUACUAGCCAGCAGCUCACAUUUGGGUUCAGGACCCGUUGAACCACUGGGGAAUGCUUCUUCGUGCCUUCUUGCUUCACCCAAUGGUGAUAGAAUGAUAGCAAUAAGAUGUGAGCCAUCUGUAGGUAUUCAAGUGUUCAUAGCUCAAUCGCCAAGAAAGGACUUCUUUGUUAGUGAACUAGUUCAAGACAAGAAAUGGGAAAAUCUUGGUGGAGCGUUCAAAGAAGUUAAAUUAGAAAAAAUGGAGGGCAAGAACUUUUUGAAUAAAAUGGAAUUACUUAUGGCGUGCUUAAGUAGCCCCUCAUAAUGUUAAUUAUAGUAAAUAUUUGUAACUUAUUAUUUUAUAAAAAUAAAAAAAAGACAAAUU